AAUAUCGCUGGACGAAAUUCUAAUGACACAUUUCCCGCACAAAAUUUUAACAAACAACUCAAAAUGAUGUUAACAAUAUAUGGAUUACCACCUUAUAUGAAGUAUUUCGACAUAAAAAACAUAAUUAGAAAAGAAUGCAAUAUUAUGGAAUUUUUGCUUAGUAGUUUGAAAUACGAUGAAGAUGGCACGAAACAAGUGAAGGUAUGUUUCAUUGACGAUGACGAAGGCCACCUCGCCAUGAAAUAUCUGGAGGGGUAUAGACUUGCUGGUUACGUUCUUCGAAUUGUUCCUGUUGGAAAAGCUAACUAUGAAAAUAGCCAAGAAAAUAAUGAUAACAGCUUUAAGCAGACAAAUAAUCAGCAUAAAUUAGAUUAUAACAACAGUUUUACAGAGCCUGUUCGAAAUAAUCAAAUAUCUUGGUCUGAUAAAUAUGAUAAUCCAGAGCCACUUAACAAAAACCUUCAGAGUGACGUAAGCUAUGUGCCAUCAGCUCAUCAUCUGCUUCAGUGCCAACCGGAAAAUGGAUAUAGAGCCCUGGUGCGUACUGAUGCGGAGAUUAGCCAACAUACAAUUGGAUCACCAGCUCAAGUCAAUAGAUAUUCACACAUGCCAUAUAAUAAACAGGUAUGUACAUAAAAAAAUAUUAAAAAAAAAAGUGUGUCGUUUUUUAUUACUUAAUAAUUUAUUAUACAAUUUCAGGUAACUGUAGUGCAAGAAACAGCUCAAUAUACUGAACAUCUGUCUAAUGAACAUCAAGAACUUUACCAUAGUUAUGACUACUGUUCCAACUCUCCAAAGACUUGUUCCUCCAAAUCUCAUCCUGCUUUGACCCAAAAUGAUAGAUACUCAUAUAAAACCGCACCACACCGCAAUAAUGACAGCUACAAAAAACCAACUCCACAGUUAAAUACUUAUAAUAGAGAUCCUAUGUCUCCCAUGACCAAAUCUACACUGUUUACGAAAUCUGUGAAACGGAAACACCUAAAUGAAAAGGAGCCCCAAAACAAACCGCCUAUGAAAAUUGCUAAAAUGGCAUCAGGGCCGAAUUCUGUGCCCAAUAAAAAUGUAUAUAAAGCGAAAGGUCAGCCUAUGGUGGAAACCAAGGGCAAUGGUCACAAAGUGAGUACACAACCAAGUCCCCCAACUUUCUGUACCAGUACCGGCACUCUCGUUUCGGCUCUUAUGCAACCUACCCGAAAUGCAAAUGCCGUUGGCGUUGGCGCCUGGGAAGUGGAAAGCCUUAAUGGUAAAGGCAAAAAAUCUAAAAAGUCGUUGCUUGUACCUACCGGUCCCAUCGAAAAACCACUGCCUGCCCUCACUAAAACGAAGGCAAAAAAGAAAAACAAAAAGCAGCGUAUGAAGGGUCGCCGCCUGCUGGCUGAAAUGGCUGCUUCUGAACUGCAGAUGAAAUUUCCUGGUGAAGUUCCAUUAAUAGUGAGUUCAUCUUGUGUUGAUCCUGGGGGGCUACCUAGGACUAGUGGUGCAAAGCAACCAUCAGUCUAUGGGUCGGUUUCCAGAAGUACCAGAAAACUAAGGUCCGCAAAACGACCUGGUAAGAAGGAACGGGCUGCUAAGAGACAAAUCAAAGAGUUAAAACAGACUGAGGUUAAUGCCAACACCGUCGACUCAAAUUUGUUAGGCGUCGCAAUCACUUGCUCACAAACAGGCCAGUUAUCAAAGGAAAUCGCUGACAAAGUCCUUGCUGAUAUUCAAAAGAAAAUCAUCAGCGAGGCGCGUAACGUCAAGGAGGUUGGUUCAUCAGGACCUGUUUUUAAAGCCAAGCCAGUCUUCAUAAAGGGCGUCCUUAAAUUAUGGUGCGGUGACCAGAAAACUUUACAGUGGCUAAACAAUACAGUAUCCAGCUUAGACGUACCUACUGGCGUUUCGCUGGUAGUCGUACAACAGGAUGAGAUACCCGAAACCGUACGCUGCGGCAUCUUAAUCCCUAACGAUCAGGGAGUUUGGAAAGAGUCACAUGAUAUUGUUCGUGCAUUGGUCUAUCAAAACUCUUGGGUAAACAUGGAGCGGUGGAUUUUAACUCGUGCAGAGGAACAGCCAAAUGCUUGGUUCUUGAUGUUCUUAGUUCCAAAAAAUCACGUUCCGAUUUUGAUGGAAGCUAAGCGCCGCUUUACGUGUGGGUGCGGGGCAGUGUACAUCAAAUUCCGAGGUCGGGGUGGUAAAUUCUUCGACGUUCCUCCGGACUGGAAUGCUACAGUCACUUCGAACGAAAUACAAAAUUUGUCUAGUAGGCCCGACAACAGACAUAAAGGUGUUACCACCACAGAAGCCGGUUCGAUUCCUACCAUUGAUCUUGACAAAAUCAAGUCUGAAAGCAUUCAGAAUGAUGAAUCCACUUUCAUCGCUGAAUCUGGGCUACCUACGGUCAUCGAACCGCAAACCGAGUCGGCAAAUCCCCAGAGUUGUACCACCGUUUCCGUCAGCGAAUCUAGUCCUCUUCCUAUCAACGAUCCUAAGGUUACUGUUUCCAAUAACACUAACCAUUAUUGCACAACCGCUGCCAGAUCAUUUCCUUUAACCGUCAUCGAGCCUGUGGAAAUCGAAUCCGAGAACACCCAGGAUCAUAGCAAAUUAGUUGUCGUACGUGCAGGCGGGGAUGCUACGACUAUUCCAAAGAAAACCAAUAUUUUGACUAUUGUCAAGACCGAAGAAGACCAGAGUUGUGAUGCCACAUGUGCAACUGAUUCGAUACCUACUGUUGUCAUAGAGCUUGAAAAAAUUAAGCCCAAAAACACACAGGAUAAUGAUUCCAAUGCCGUCGCCAAUUCGUCCGUCAUAGAACCUGGCAUAACUCCUUCUGAUAACAUCCAGAAUAGAUGCAUCACUUCUGUCGCCGAAACACCUCCUGCCGUCAUAUCAACAUUUGAGGAAAAUCAAAACCGUGACAUCGGUCCUGACGUAGAGUUCGUAGAGAACAAUAUGUAACAUCCGACCACAGUACUGUACUGUAUAUUGGUGAGGGAAAUGUUGACGCAUCGUAUGAUGUUAUUCCAUUUGACCACAAAUAAUGUUGCAAGUCAACCUCCAUACCAGUUAAAGAAUCAGGGGUCACUUGUAAAACUAGAUGGAGGAGAUGUACAUACGGACUAUAGGGUUAAGGACUGAAUGCAUGAGCAGACUUUAAAUAGGUAAGCUUCACUAUUUUCAUUAUCACGAUAGUAGAGCUAUUGAUGAAUAUCAAAUUAAUUGAAUCUUCGUAAACUUUAAGAAUACUACUUAUUCCAUUAUAUAUUUUUCUUUUUUUGUAAAUGAAUAUCUGUUAGUGAGAAAUUCUUAAAGCAAAAUGUGCAAUAAUAAAUACAUUUAAUUUCACUUAAAUUACAAUUAAAAACAAAGAAUUAUUUGCAACUAACACCAUAGUUUUAGGUGUAUAUGUGUGCGUGAAGCGUGUAUUUUAUAACCAAAUGUAAAAUACCUAGACCGGCGACGAAUUGUAGCGUCAAAGGUUCGAAACGUCUGCCACUGCGAUCGCCAAUCCUUGUCUUGUCUUGUCAAGCUUGACCUUAUGCAACGUUUAGAUACUCGCCGAGCACAGACGAGCAGGCACAAGUACGAAUAUGUAAAUAAUUUGUUCUGGAGUGCUCGCUACUCUGCCCGAAUAUUCGCCUCUUCUCCACUCUAUGUCGGUUUUUUAGUACGAGUCAAAGGAACGUUCGUGUGUAUUCGUAUCGGUGUUAACGUACACGUCAUUAUUCAGUGGACCUUUACUACCUUUUUUGACAAAAUAUAUUUUUUUAAAUAUAAGCAUGUACUUGGUUCAGCUGCAAUUAAAAAUUUCACAAGAGCGAAACUACUUUUAUAUGUUUUACUUAAUACCUACAACUAUUUCUACUACAUGCCUUUUCAUCUUUUUUCAUUUAAAAUAUUAGUGAGUCUAUAAAAGUUAAGUAAACACAAUGUUGUGCAACGAGACGUACGUCAAUCAUGUUUAAAGAUCUACGUUGAAUGAAUACAGACAAUUAUGUAAACGCGUCGUACUCGUCCAAGAAUAACUCGGCGAGUUAUUCGGCGAGUUGCUCGGCCGGUAAUUUAAACGUGCCAUUAGCAAGACACGAGCUUGAUUUUAUAGCAAAUCCAAAAUCAAAAGCCAAAGAGGCCCAUGUCCAGUAGAGGACUGUUUCUAUUAAAUGGUAGGGUGUUUGUUUAUGAGCAUAGUCAUGGUAAUAGACAUACCACACUAUUGUUUGUUUGCACUAAGGCUUGUUGCAACAUAAGCCCUACAUCUAUGAAUUUAGUUUUGCGCAAAUGUUGGCGUCGACUAGUUUGAUUGAACCAACAAUGACGACCGACGGUCGUCACCCCCAUGAAUGAAUUACUGACUCUGCGGAGUUGAGUUACUGGCAUCACUAGCAUGUGUUGCUUUUUACAGAUUGCAUAUUUCCUUGUUUAUUAAAACUCCUUUUGUUUUUGUAUACGUAAAUUAUUAUUUCGUAAACUUAAAUGAUAUGCACUAACCGAUUCCUUAUUUAUUUAUUUCAGAAAAGACGUCAAAAGAUGUUACUUCUCGACUUUUAAUAAAAUUAUUAGUUUUUAUGUAUAUUUAUAACGUAAACCUGUUAAGAUAUAGGCUAAUAUUUUAAUAACUUCUUACAACUAAUUAUAUAAAUUAGUAGUAGUAGUUAUUACAAUAUUUUGCAUUUUCUAAGCAUUUUUAUGAGCAAGUUGUUAUAAUAUUUAUAACUUCCAUGUGUUGUAUUCUAAAUCUAAGAUGCAAAUAAAAUGUGUUAACAU